UAUAUAAUUAACGUAUAUUUAUUUUAUUUUAAGUACGUUCUAAAUAUUUAACGAUUUUUGAAUUUUAUUAUAUAUUUAAUGUAUAUUUAAUUUUAAGUAAAUAUAUUAUAAAUGUUUUAACGGUUUGCGCAAUCAAGAAUAAUUUAGGAAAACUCGUUGAAUUCGGAAAAACAAUUCUAUUCGGUUUUGACUCAAACACUAAAAUUCAAAUCUUAAUCCUAGCCCACAUGAGAAAAGCCCAAAAUAAAAAAACAAAAAAAAAACCCAUACCCCUCUUUUCUAAUUCACGUGAAACCAACCUCACCCAAAACCCCUUCCUUCCUCUCUUUCACGUAAAAAGGAAAACUCAAACCCUCCUCCCUCACUGCCGUUUUUCUCUCCUCCCUUCACGACCGUCGCUGUACCAGUCGCCGCCACCACCGCCGGACCUCCUCGCCACCGGCAACCAGAACCUCGUGGUUCUCCCUCGCCGUCAGCCCAACCUCGACCAUCACCGCAGCCUUCGUUGCCGCGUCACCUCGCCAACCACCAGCAACCACCGUGCGCAGCACCAGUGCCGCCGCCCAGUACCGCCGCUGCCGCACUCUGACCGCCGGCCGCUCUUUCUCUCCUUUUUGGCGGAGAAUUCUUUGUGGGCGACUUUUGAAUUCGUUAAAGUGGCCUAUCAGUUUGUUUACACAAGUCUCUAAGGAUCAAUAAGCAUUGUCCAUCUACAGGUUUGAAGAUGAUGCAUCAUGGGGAUCGGGAUUAGAGAGCCUGUAUUUAGUUUCGUUUUGCUAAGUAACUUGGUUUGUUAAUUUAUACUUUAAACUUAUCGUACUAUUUAUAUUCCCUUAAUUUCGUUGGUUGGUUUUUGGGAUUA